AUUCUUCGGGAUCAAUAAGCUGAGAUUAUUACAAUAUCAUCUCUUUUGGAAGAAUUUUUAUGUGGGUUCACCAACUCUGGUAUGGGUUUCAUCAUCCUCCUCAAACGAGGAGAGUUUUUCACAACUAUGCCUCCCUUCUAUGAACGGAGAUGCUCUCUCGGAUUCUCUGCUGAGUCCUUGUUUCAACUUACUUACCGGUUUGUUACUUUGCGUAGCGGUCUGUACGGGGCCAGAAAGUGCAAUCGAGACUACUUCGGUUUUUCUCGUUGGUGAGGGUUGUCCCUCAACGUCACUUGUGACUAUUUCUCAGCUAUCCGACUUUGUUGUAGCUUCUUCGACGCAUUCAAACUUUGUUUUGAAUUCGCUGUCAACUUCAUAUGGAGACUUAUCCUGUUUGAUCUCAUUUUUCAUUUUAGUUUAUGAUUUGUCUUCAAGAAGAUGUCUAAUUCCCUCUUUCCCUUGUAGUCCUUGAAGUUAAGUUUUAAUGAAAGUUGUGUUUCAAAAAAAAAAAAAAAAAAAAAAUACAAGGAAAUGCCAAAGUGUGACAUAACUUAUGAGUUUGAAUGUUUAAGGUUUUGAGUUAUUUUCUUUAAGAUUAAUAAAAGAGUUAUUCUUAUUAAAAAUUCUUGAAUUCGAUCGAGCUUUAUAAAGAAAUCGUCAUAGAAACCCUUGGUACCGCAAAAUCAAACGUGCAAUGGAUCCUUCAGUCGAUGGUGUUGAUAUGAUCAGCUCGAUGCCGCCUGAGAUCCUUCACCAUAUCCUCUCAUUUAUUCGAACUCAGUAUGCGAUCAGAACGUCGGUGUUGUCCAGAGGGUGGAGGCAUGUAUGGUGCGAGACACCUUUUCUCGACUUUGAUUGUUUCCACAGAUAUGGAAUUAGGCGACAGCUGACGGCUCAAGAUAUAAGCCAAACCCUAAUUCUAUACAGGGCUCCGAAAAUCACGAGUUGUCAUCUUCGUAUGCCACGAAAUUUACGUGAACACGAGAUGAAUAGCUGGAUCGAGUUUGUUGUGUCCCGCAAUGUGGAGAAGCUGUCUCUUUUCUUCGAUUGUUACCCUAAUCACGUUUUCGAGAAGAUCUUCUAUCUCAGUUCCUCCUUAAAGCAGCUCUGCAUUUGGCAUUGUGAUAUGAUGAUUCCGGGAUGCACAGUAUCUUUGAAAUCCCUAAGGAAGUUAAAAUUGUGGGACUGUCAUCUCUACGAUGAAUCUGUUGCUAAUAUUCUCUCUGGCUCUCCAGUUCUUGAAACCUUGAGGUUGGAUUACUGUACAGGACCUCAACGUCUUGAUCUGAGUAAAUCACCUAGUUUGAGAAGACUAAAGAUUCUCUGGUGCCCAGGGCCAACCGAGAUUGUAGCUCCGCACGUCCAUUAUUUGAGUUUGAGCAACUCUAGUGAGCCACCACCUACUUUAGUGGAUGUCUCUUCUUUGACCGAAGCUAGCAUUGACAUAAUUGAUUCAGUGAACCUUUGCCGUCUUUUGAAUGCUGAUUUUCUCCAAACCAUGGUGUUAAAAAUGCUUGCAAAAUUACAAAACGUUAAGAGGCUUACUUUUACCGGACCCAUUCUUGAGAUUCUCUCUCUCGCUGAGCUCCAUGGUGUUCCUUUCCCAACGUUCAAGGUUGAAACUUUGACUGUUGAAACAAAUUUUACAAGAUAUGUUAUUCCUGGUUUAGCAAGGUUACUACAGAAUUCACCUGAGCUAAAAAUGCUAAUAGCACACGCGGGAUACCAGGUCGGCAUACAGGUAUUUUUUCCUCAUAAACAUCUUUCAUUUUCUUGUAUUUUAAUAAGACCAUGCAAACUAGUAACUGACUAGGAAGGUGCCAUGGACAAUGUCUUUCACUUUUUAUUGGGCGGCGCUAAUGUAUAUAAAAUUGAUCUUUUUGAACAGUCACAAGUGUUAUAUGCUUUUGUGAUAACUUUGUUAUCCUCUACAGGACAGGGAUCUGGACAGAUAUAUGGAUUCAGAAGGUUUGAAUCGCGAUGAAUGCUGGAGAUCAAAAUAUGAGGUAUUUCCUACCUCACUUGAGUUUUGUAGGAUGAUACGUUGUAAGGAUGAAAUGUGGAAGCUCAUGGCUUCGUUCAUGGAAAUGGUGAUAAGAAACGUAAAAACACUAGAGACGUUGGUGGUAGGGUUGGAAUAUGUUGUUAGUGAUGCAAGAUGGUUUGGACUUCAGAUGAUUCCAACGCUUUCUAACAACAAUAAUGUCUCCAUUGUGCUCAAACGCUAAAUAUUUGUAUUAUGUGUGUUAUUUGGUUUUUAAUAUUAUAAAAACAUGUUAGAGAGUGAAACACAAAGACUGAAUUAUUUUUAUAUAUGAACUUUUUUGAGUAAAAUUUUACAGGAGUAUAUUUGGGUGUUGCUCAUAUUUAUAAGCUUUAGAUAUAAGAUUGCUCAGUAGAUGAAUCAACUAAUAAAAUGUUACACGUCAAGUGUAUAAAUCAAGUUAAGGAACGCUUACAAUAAAGUCAAAUCUAUGUGUGUCAUCAGAGGCUUUGAUGUUCUUGUGUUCACUUAUAUUAUUCUCCUCUAUCCUUGUAAGUUGUAACAAAGUUUUGCACGAGCUGUUUCAAGUUGCUUCAUCACUUUCACGCAACAACAAGGUCUCCACUAUGCUCAAGUAACAACUCAUUGUUCGCACCAAGAAUACACCACACACUCUGUCUCUCAAAAACCAAUCCAUAGUAUUGAUUCUCACUUAUCAUGAAAUCUAUCACUAUUCU